AUGAGUCCAAAGAAAGUCUUUAUUACAGGAGCUACUGGUUAUAUCGGUGGAGAGGUUUUGCGCCGUUUGUUACACUCUGAUGAUGACUAUGAAAUUACAGCAUUAGUUCGCAGUGCUGCCAAAGGUGAUCAGAUUGCUGCAAAAACCGAUUCUCGUUUCCAUUAUGUGAUUGGAGACUUGAGUAAUGUUGAAUUAUUAACAUCAAAUGUCCACAACAGUGAUAUUGUUAUCAAUACAGCUGAUGUUGACCAUCUUGAGAGUGCAGAAGCAUUGGUUAAGGCGUUGCUCUCAAAGGAAACUCCAACAGUCCUUGUACACACUUCUGGAACUUCUGUCGUUGGAGUACAAGACUCUCCUAGCAGGAAGAAGGUAUACUCUGAUAAUAAGGACAUUGACGUAAUAAAUCUGUUACCCUUGGAACAACCUCAUAGGCCAGUAGACAAACUAAUCUUGGAGUCGUUUGAGAAGCAUCCUUUAGUUCAAGCUGCUAUUAUUUGUCCAUCAAACAUUUAUGGUAGAGGUUCUGGAUUGGGUAACCCUAUAUCGCAGCAGAUUCCGGGAAUUAUCAGAUUGGCUUUAGAUGAGCGUCAAGUGUUUACUGUUCAUGACGGAGACUACAUUUGGAGUCACAUCCAUAUUGCUGAUUUGGCUGAGUUAUACUAUUUGGUUCUUAAGGGGCUUCUUAACAAAAAGGACAUUCCACAAGGAAAGAAUGGGUAUUAUUUUGGGUCAUAUUUUUUCGAUUCUGAUAAAGAACCAGAACCCACUGAUAAACCCACUUCAAUCGAACAUACUUGGAGACAGGUUUCGGAAUACAUUGCUAGACUGUUAGAAGCAAAGAACCUAUUGGACACUACUGAUUUGGGGUUGUUAAACGAUGACGAUGUGGCUCGUCUUCAUGAGAAGUACAUUCCAUUUUCAUGGGGUACUAACUCGAGAACAAGAGGUGACAAUGGAGCUUUGAUUGGUUGGAAGCCAGUUCACGUUUCUGAUGAUCUGUUCUGGACUUCAAUUGAUGAAGACAUUGAUUUUAUCUGCUCUAUAAAUUAA